AUGGAAGUUUUGGGUAUAGAAGUUUGGCAAAGCAUAGACGUCCUCAAGUUUGGUUCGAUUUCUGGUUCGAUUUCGAAUUCUUCAAGCUUGGAGGCAUUUGUGAUUCCUAAAGAAUGUAGGAAAUUGGUGAUAUCAUCCGCUGCAAACAAAUGGCGGGAUUUCAAAAGCAAACUGACUAAAAAGUACAUUAUACCUUUUAUCGAUACACCUGAGCUGUUGGAAAAUCCUCCAGAUGACUAUCGAUGCAUUAACAAGGAACAUUGGGAACAAUUUGUUGCUGAAAGGAUUUCUGAUGCAUUUCAGGAGCUGCGUGAAGCCCAAAUAGAAAAAAGAAAGGAAAACAAGUAUCCUCACCGUAUGGCGCGUAAAGGAAACGCUAAUUUACAAGAAGAAUUGUCUGCGACAAUCCCGAUAGAGGAACUCGAUCGUGCCACAAUGUGGGUGAAAGCACGGCAAGACAAAAAUGGUAACUUCAAAGCAGUUGAGGUGCAGGAGACAGCCAAUAAAAUUCAAAAGUUAAAGCAGAAAGAGUCUGAUGGAUCGAUUACCACACAAGGUUCUGAUGAUGUGCUCACUUUGGCGUUGGGGAGACCCGAGCAUCCUGUGGGGAACGAGGUCAAAUAUGGUUUACACAGUCAAUGA